AAAAUCAUUAUAAGUGUGAAAACUUCAACAAAAAAAACAACUCAUUAUUGCAAAUAAAAUAUGAAAAUUUUUAAAGUUAACAAAACUAAUAACGAAAAUGAUUUAAUUCAUUGGAAAUGUUUAUUACGAGAAUUGUUGGCUGAAUUUAUCGGCACUUUUAUGUUAAUGUUAAUUGGGUGUUCAGCUGGAGUGACAACAAGUAAUAAUCCAAAAAAUGAUCCAAACUUUAGGUCUGAUCUUUGGUCGUCUAAUAUUUGUUGGGGUUUUGGAGCCUUUGUGGGUCUUUGUGCUUCUUUUAAUAUUACCGGUGGUCAUAUAAACCCUGCUGUUUCAAUUGCAAUGGCAACAAUUGGUAAAUUUCAGUGGAAAAAAGUGAUGCCCUAUAUAUUGGCGCAAAUUUUGGCAGCAAUAAUAGCACCGGCAAUUAUUUAUUAUGUAUAUAUUGAUGUAAUAGAGUUACAAAAUAAUCACAUAUUAAUUAGAAAUAAUACCCAAUUGCAAACCUAUGGCCAUAAUUUAAGUACCGGUAAAUUUUUUGCAACAUAUCCACAGGAGUACGUAACACUAUUUGGCUCUAUAAUAGAUCAGGUCGUAGGAACUGCUUCUCUACUAUUCUCUGUCUGUGCCGUAACUGAUGAGAAAAACUUAAAUAUACCGAAACCUUUACAACCGUUUUGUUUGGCAUUUGUAAUCACUUGUCACGCCAUAGCAUUUAACAGCAACGAAGGCGCGCCACUAAAUCCCGCGCGUGAUUUGGGUCCCCGAAUAUUCUCGGCUAUGGUUAUCUACGGCAAACAUGCCUUCACUGCACUCAAUGGCAACUAUUGGUGGUCGGGUGGUAUUGUUGGGCCUGUAAUCGGUGCCAUAGUAGGUGUUUGGACCUACUUUUUCUUCAUAGAGCUUCCGUGGCCUAAAGAUAAAUGCAUUGAUAAUAUAAAUAGUGAAACAUUGCCUCAAAUUAAUACAGUUUUUUCAAUCAAUAAUGAUAUUGAAAAAAAUAAUCAUAAUAAUCAAACGAAGUCUCAAUUUUAA